AUGCAUUACCGGCAGCUCAUGACCCUUGACAUGGGGAAUGAUAUGCUAUUGUGCAAGGUUUUCCCAGCCAGUCUGAAAGGCCAGGCUCUUUCAUGGUUCCACCGAAUGCCCGUAAACUCGAUUGACAAUUUUCGGGAUUUGUCCGAGGUCUUCGUGGGGCAAUACUUAUGCUCAACCAGACAUAAGCAGAAUAUCAGCACCCUGCAGAACCUCAAAAUGCAAGAAAAUGAAACUUUGAGAGAGUUCGUUAAGCGCUUCAAACAAGCUGUUCUACAAGUCGAAUCGUACAGCAUGGAUGCAAUCCUCCAAAUUUUUAAGCGGAGCAUAUGCCCAGGGACCCCCUUCUUCGAGUCUCUCGCUAAAAAACCUCCCAGAACCAUGGACGAGUUAUUCCGGCGUGCGAAUAAAUACUCCAUGUUAGAGGACGACAUCCGUGCCGCUGCACAGUCGGUCCUGAUAACUGGCCAAGCCACUAAAAAUGAAGCCACCAGAAGCUUCAAAACACCCAGCCAUCCUGGGACAUCCAACCGGAGGCAAGACGAGCGGUGCCCACCACUCGUUCAAACACCUCUCACCAAGUCAUACAAAAAACUGCUUCCUAUAAUCCGCAAUCUGCCCGGAUUCAGAUGGCCAGUGCCAAUACGAUCUAACCCCUCAGAAAGGGACCGCAACAAAAUAUGUGAAUACCACAAAAAUCACGGGCACACGACUGAAGCAUGCAUAAGCCUCCGUUACAUGGUGGAGGAUCUCCUGAAGGCAGGUCACUUGAAACAAUAUAUUCGACCAGCUCCUCAAGGUGAAGAAUCUCCCCGUAACCGAGGCCCACGCGCCCCAGCAGCUCCUGUUAGGACAAUGAUCAACUACAUAUACGGAGGACCCUUGGAUGACGAGUACAAUUCCAAAAGGAAAAGGCAGAGACUGCUACGAGCAGCCACAGUUCGGGAACACGUGAGCUCCAUCCGACCGGGAUUAGCCGCUGGGAGCAUCCAUCCCAUAGAUGGAACCAUUGUCUUCCCCGCUAUAGAUCCAACCCGAGUGUUGCAGCCGCACCGAGAUGCUCUCGUCCUAACAUUAGGGGUGGGAGACUAUGAGGUGAAAAUAAUCCUGAUCGACCCAAGCAGCUCUGCAGACUUGUUGCAGGUGGCAGUCAUUAAACGAAUGGGCUUUGAACCCUCCAUCUUAGAAAAUCCCGGAAGAACCCUGUCCAGAUUUAAUGGUUCCUCCACAACCUCACUCAGAGAUGUAAUACUGCCGGUUUAUGCUGGGCCAGUCAUCCUAAACGUUUUGUUUUCUGUGGUUGAGGAUUUAUCUCCUUUCAAUGCCAUCUUGGGACGUACGUGGUUAUAUGGAAUGAAAGUCAUUCCAUCCACAUAUCAUCAAAGGGUCAACUUCAUUACCCGAGAUGGGCAAGUUAAUCUUUACGAAAGCCAACUUGCUGCUCGACAAUGUUAUCAGAUCGCUCGCGAAGCCGGACCUAGUACCAACUGCGAGCACUCCUCCAAAGGAGCAACUGCUUCUGACCAAUAG